GCCAGACGUCGCUUUCUGUUUCCUCCUCUGCUCCUCUCCUUUCCCAUUCGUCCUUCCCUGCCUCUUCUCUCUCUGGGCGCAGCAGCCGCUUCCACAAAUUCCCCAGCUCCCAAACCCUAAAUAAAUCCCAUCGUCGGAGCAAUCCGCACCAGAAUCCACUUGCUAAUCCAAUUUUCUUCUUGUUUCCUUGAGCCGCUUGCGGUCCUGUCGAUGGGAAGGUGGCCGGCGCUUUCGGCUCCGUAGCGGAUCGAAGGCGCUCGUAGGGUGGGCUCGGCUCGACAGGGUGGCUGUUUGAUGCUGUAGUCGUUCUAAAGUUGAGAUUUUGAUCGGUUUCGCUUAGUUUCUCGAUCGAUUUCCCGGGUAAGAGAUGGGAUGCUGUGCGAUGUUUUUAUCUUUUUUGUUUAUCUCUUUUAGUCAGGCUAGGGAAUUUUUUAUUGUUUCAUCCCGUGGAUUAGGAUAUAUUCUCCCAAGUAUUAAUCGUGGAUUCGUCGGAAAGUUUUGGUUUUCAGCGACUUAUAGUGCUUGUUUCUUCCUUCUGGGGUAACUUGAUGCUGCAGCUCGCUGCUUCCCUUAAAGAUUACUACUCAACUGUUUUGAAGCUUGGGCGCAACAAUAUUGAUCAGUAUCUGCUUGCUGAUUUAAGCUUUGCGUGGAAGGAAGCCAAGAAGGAAGGAGAUUGAUACGAAGGCAGACGCCGCGGCAAUGGCUCCGGCUCCAGCGGCAGCAGCUGGCCCCACCUUUGAGGACCUUGAGCGUGACCUGCAGGCGGUUUUGAUGGACCAGAACCACGCCUCUUCUGCUGAUGAGCUCAGCAUGUUCCGCAGUGGCAGCGCUCCCCCCACUGUCGAGGGCUCUCGCACUGCUAUUGGUGCGCUCUUCUCUGGUCCGCCACCUCAUGCCAACAGCCUUGGUGGUGGUGGCAGUAGCGGCACUGGUGUUGACAUGCUCACUGAGGAGGAGAUACGGUCGCACCCAGCUUAUCUGUCAUACUACUAUUCUAACGAGCACCUCAACCCAAGGCUUCCACCACCAAUGAUGUCAAAGGAGGACUGGCGUGCAGCGCAGCGUUUCCAAGCUGUGUCUGGAGGUACAGGGUAUAGAAGGAGGAGGCCCUCAGAGGUUGGGAGUGGAAACUCGCUGUUCUUGGUGCAGCCAGGGGUACGCGAUAGUGAUAGAGAGAAGGUGCUGCUGAAUGAUAGAAUGGGGAGAGGUGAGAGGAAUGGGCUUACACGACAACAGUCAUCGGAGUGGCUUGGGAGGGGCACUGAUGGGCUCCUUGGGUUGUCAGAUGUCAAUGGCCUUGGGUCUGGAAGCAAGACCUUUGCUGAUGCAUUGCAGGAAAAUAUUAGCCGUCCUGCUGCUACAGCCGGUCAUCUUUCACGUUCCAAUAGCCGCAAUGCUCUCGAGAGCCCAAAUCCAAUCAGGUCCUCUGAUUCAUCCAAAGCACAACUGCAGAACAGAUCAGAAUCCAUGAAUGGCCUGCGAUCUGGAUCCACUUCACCCAGUCUUGUCAGGGUCCAAAGUCUAGGUUCUUCAAUGUCUCAUACCUUUUCUUCUGCACUAGGCUCCUCUACCUCAAGAAGCACCACCCCUGACCCUCAGCUGAUUCGGAGGACUCCAAGCCCUUGCCUUCCUCCAGUUGGAGUUCGGAUGGGAAAUUCUGAUAAAAAGGUUGAAGCUACAACUGUUUUUUCACUUAAUCAUGAUGGUGUUGACAUUGCGGCUACUCUCUCUAACUUAAGCCUAUCUGGAAACAAGAUGUCAAAUGUGGAAACUGAAGUGCAUAAUCAUGUUUACCAGAACUUUGGUGAUCAGACAGAUGUGCUGUUUAAUGUACCGAAGGAACAUAGGCAAUUUUCACAGCAAAACUUAACUCAAAAGGCUGAUGAAGACUCACUUAAUGCCCCCGAAUAUGCAGUUUUUCCAAAUGGGGGAAGUAACUUCAAUAGUUCACAUAUUAGUAAGCUGGCAUCUCAUAGCAAUAGCAAGUUCCCUAUGCAAUCACCACACGGUAAUGCCCAUAAGAAAGGAUCUUUGGUAAACUCAAUUGGUUCAGCUUCCCACUACCAGAACCUGAAUGUUGAUAGCCCUAGCAUUGAUAUAUCUGGACGUCAUGUGAAGACUCAUGCAGGCGGUUUUGCUUCAUCCAUGCUGAACAAUCAACUGAAUUCUGAUGGUGGAUAUGUCAACCUUCUUUUGAACCAAGGGGGAUCCAAUUUUCAGGGUCAAGCAACCGAGAGAAUGUAUGCACAAUACUUGCAGGCAAACCCUGAUUCCCCCCUUGGUGCAACUGCAAGCAUGAGUCCUUUCCAAGGGAGGAGUUUUACUGGUUCAGGACACCUGGACAAUCCUGGAUACCAAAAAGCUUAUCCUGGGUCAUUAUUUGCCCAGCAAAAGCUACAGUAUGGGAUGCCAUACCUGGGAAAGUCUGGUGCUCUUAGUCCGAACAUUUAUGGCAAUGAUCCUGCAUUUGGCAUGGGAACGACAUAUCUAACAAAUCCACCAUCUAGUCCUUUUAUCUCAUCUCAAGGCCAUGUCAAGCAAGGGGAUCGACUAACUCGAAUCCCAUCCAUGGUGAGGAGCACUGCUGGAGUUUCCAUGGGAUCAUGGAAUUCGGAUAGUGGUCUGGUGGAUAAUGGUUAUGGGUCCUCCCUGCUGGAGGAAUUCAAAAUCAACAAAACCAGAUCUUUUGAGCUGUUAGAUAUUGUAGGUCAUGUGGUAGAGUUCAGUUUGGAUCAGUAUGGGAGUCGCUUUAUACAGCAGAAACUAGAAACCGCUUCUACUGAAGAGAAGAACAUGAUUUUUCGAGAGAUCCUUCCCCAGGCACGUUCUUUGAUGACUGAUGUUUUUGGAAAUUAUGUUAUACAGAAGUUAUUUGAAUAUGGGACUGAAACACAAAAGAAGCAACUGGCAAACCUGCUUAAGGGUCAUGUAUUACAGCUGAGUCUUCAAAUGUAUGGCUGCCGGGUGAUUCAGAAGGCUUUGGAAGUGGUUGAUGUUGAACAAACACAAAUGGCUUCGGAACUUGAUGGAUCUAUCAUGAUAUGUGUUCGUGAUCAAAAUGGCAACCAUGUAAUCCAGAAGUGCAUAGAAUGCAUCCCCCAAGAGAGGAUACACUUUAUCAUUUCCGCUUUUUAUGGACAUGUGGUGGAACUUUCCAUGCAUCCCUAUGGUUGCCGUGUUAUUCAGAGGGUCUUGGAGCACUGUGAUGAUGAAAGCACACAAAAUGUCAUGAUGGAAGAGAUCAUGCAGUCUGUGGUUACUUUAACAGAGGACCAGUAUGGCAAUUAUGUAAUCCAGCAUGUUUUGCAACAUGGGAAACCGGAAGAGCGUUCUGUUAUUAUUACACAACUUGCUGGACAGAUAGUGAAGAUGAGCCAGCAGAAAUUUGCUUCCAAUGUUGUUGAGAAGUGUCUUACUUUUGGUGCUCCUGAGGAACGACAGAUUUUAAUCAACGAAAUGCUAGGCACAACUGAUGAGAAUGUUCCGUUACAGGCAAUGAUGAAGGAUCAGUUUGCAAACUAUGUAGUGCAGAAGGUUCUAGAGACCUGCGAUGACCACAACCGUGAAUUGAUUCUUUCCCGUAUCAAGGUCCACUUGAAUGCACUGAAAAGAUACACCUAUGGGAAGCAUAUUGUUGCACGUGUUGAGAAGCUUAUUACUGCAGGAGAACGGCGUAUUGGUGCCUCAUCGUCUUCCUGAGAUCACAAUGGUUACUUGACAGAAAAAAUACCUGUACAGACAGACAGAUAGCGAGGCUAGCUUUACCAUUACCACCGGUAGUCAUGUUGAGUACAACCGGAGAAGUGAAGGCUUCCAAGGCCUUUGAUGUAAAUAAAGCAGAGCCUGUGGAAAUAAAAGAAGAGAUUUUGCUUGUCCUUAAGGAAAGAAAGUUGUAUAUUUGUAUGGUUUCCCCCUCUCCAGGCAGGAUAAAGAAGGCAAAAUAUGGAAGCAUAUUAGCAGAAUGGUUUAGGAUAGAUGAUGAAGCAAGGACACCUGUAGAUUCUUUUGCCUUGGGUUUCAUCAAUGUAUAAGUUUCACGGUGAUGUUUAAUCUCUGUAAAUGCUUUAAUUUACUGACAUUUGCAGAAAUCAAAUCCAUGUUUCUGUUUGUCAAAUGCCUCUGUGCAGCUUUCAAAUAUCAAACUCAUUUUGUCA